UCAUGAAGCAGACAACACAUGGACUCCUGAGGAAUAGGAUUUCUUUCUUCAGUCCUGUUUUGCAGUGUUUGACAUGUCUCUGCUUAUUUAUAUUUAUAUACUGCUGUGCUGUUUUACAUUUGUGCACCCAUUUUGCCCUUCUCAGUGUACAUGCAUAUACCAUGGUAGAAGUGAUGGGACUGGCACCAGAUCUGUGCUGUGCAACGAUCCAGAUAUGUCUGACAUCCCAGUCAAUGUUCCAGUGGACACCGUUAAACUCCGCGUGGAAAAAACGGUGGUAAGAAAGAUCCCCACGGAAGCAUUUUAUUACCUUGUUGACCUCAAAUAUUUGUGGGUGACUUACAAUUCUAUAUCUACAAUCGCUAGCAGCAGCUUUUACAACCUGAAAGUGCUUCACGAACUACGUCUUGAUGGAAAUUUACUUUCAUCUUUUCCGUGGGAGUCGCUGCAAGAAAUGCCUAAUCUGCGAUCCUUGGAUUUGCACAACAACAGACUUUCAACAGUCCCAGCGGAUGCGGGUCGGUACCUACAAAACAUCAAGUAUUUAGACAUUUCCAGCAAUAAAUUAACCACACUGCCCUCGGAUUUAAUAGAUAUCUGGCCACCGUUUUCGGCAAGUGCGAACAUCGGCACGGAUUCACUUCCUGAGCGAGUAAUAUUAGGUUUACAAGACAACCCAUGGUUUUGUGACUGUAGAAUAUCAAAGCUGAUAGAGCUCUCCAAGACAUUUGAGAUGGCUGUUGUGCUUCUGGAUCCCCUUCUGACAUGCAGCGGACCUGAGAACCUGGCGGGAGUUCUCUUCCAGAGAGCUGAACUGGAACAGUGCCUAAAACCUUCAGUGAUGACCUCAGCGACAAAGAUGACCUCACCGCUGGGGAGUAAUGUUCUGCUUCGCUGUGAUGCUACAGGGUAUCCCACACCCAUUCUGAUCUGGACCAAAUCUGAUGGUUCUCCAGUGAACAACACAGAAUGCUGCCGGCAAGUAGCUAGUUCCUUCUUCAAAGAGAAACUACCACGAACCUUAAAAACCAACUUAGUUCAGGAGUCUCCAGGAGAAGGAAUCCGGUGGUCUAUUAUAAGCUUGAAUGGGAUUUUAUACCAGGACGCUGGUGAAUACCGAUGUAAAGCUAAAAACCUUGCUGGGAUGUCUGAAGCUUCCAUCACUCUGACUGUGGUUGGAGUCAUCACUACGACAGCGUCUCCUCUGAGGUUCUCAAAGCGACUGAGCGCAGAACAGAGUGUCACCACUCUGCUGAAAACAGAGCCUAUUACUGAAGGGUUAACGACCCUAUCUCCUACAACUCUAGCUACCACCACACUAAGCAGAGUUCUGAAGAAAAAUCCUGUGCAAACUAGCCAAACUAAACCAGCUGCUGGGGGGACAAGGCCCACAAAGUCACAGCCGGCUGUCAACAACCAAAAACCACAAGAGGAAGAUGGAAACACAACAACCUCAGCCGUAGUCCAAAAGAUCACCAUCAAAAACCUACAAGUUGUGGGUCAAACUGAGCAGAGUGCAGUCGUGACUUGGCUGGCGCCUAAUGCCCCUAGAGGUGUUGCUCUGAAUGUAAUGUACUCGGAGUACGGUGUAAGAGACAAGCAAAUGAUUAACACAGACACAGGGAAAAGCAAAAUCUCCAUUGAUGGAUUAGUCCCAAGCACUAAAUACACAGCGUGUGUGAGCCUAAAAGGAAGUCAACCUAAGAAAGACCAAUGUAUUGUUUUCUCCACAUUAGACGCUGAGAUGGAAGACCCCCAGGCACACAUUCUGAUUGUUGCUGGCGGCAUCGCCUGUGCCAUUGCGCUGCCUCUGGUUAUUGUACUGCUUUAUAAAGUUUUGAAACUGUACUGUAAAAAGAGUGCUUCUGAGGGUGAUGAUCUUUCCAAAGAGACAUAUGUCAAAUUUGAGACAUUGUCACUGAAGCAGAAAACCACAGACUCUAAUGGGGACCUGUGGGCUCGCAGAAACACUUCCGAAUCAGAAAGAAUGCUCCUUUAUUCCAGGUCCAGCAUUGACUCCCAGAUGACCUUUAAAAGUGACAAUUACCAAUCAGAAUACUUAUACUAGUUUCUUUUGUGCGACACUUAACAAAGGAAGAAGUGGGGUGAAUUUAAUCAUAUAUCAGAUCGUCGUGCUAGAGUUAUAUCACACUAUCGACAAAGCCUAGAGGCUGGAAAUGUGUUGUUAUGAACUAAUGCAGAUGUUUGAUGAACAUUUGUUGUUCAGAAUCUGCAAAUCUCUGCGCAUUUCUUACCCAAGGUGAUUAGAAUAGGAUUUGAACAUUGUAUUUGUCUGUGAUACAGCCUUAAUUCACUUCAGUCAAACUUGUUAACAGAAGUGAAGAUUGUGACAGUACAGUAGACAAGAGUAUUGCAAAUGCCCGCACAAAGGAAGGUACUGUGUCCAACUGGUGGUUCACCCAGAUAUUUUACAGAAGAUUAAUUUGUAAGCAAGCUAACACUUGAUUGAUUUCAGUUAUAACUUGUGGUGUUUGGCCUAGAGAUGUUAAGCAACAUAAAAAGGUCUCUUAACCACAUAUUGCCUUUGUUGAGUACCACAAUGUUUUCAAUGUGGCUUUUGCAACCAAUGGUUUAUAAACCAUUUAUCCAAACCUGAACCAAACUUCUGUUUGUCUGGAGGGCUGUGUCCUGACAUUUUUUCCAAGUAAUAGUUCUCCACACUUGCAUACACCAACCUAUGGGGGAGAUAUAGGCCUGAAUUUUCCACUAUGGGAACUUGCAGGCAAAUCGUCCACUCAUUAGCAAAUGUAUGAAGUAGGCAAUUGGUGGAAAGAGUUUAAAAUAAGGUGUAAUUAUUUUGAACAUUCAACUGUAUGUUUCUCUUGCAGUAUAUUACCAAUUAAUGCUAUAAACCAAGACAGGAAGGUCAGACCUGUAUUCAUGAAUAUCACCUUUCAGAUUAUUUAGUUGGGUUUAAUGCAGUUUUGGUCUCUGUACUGUUUUGUUUUUUAACUGGAAUAACCUAUUGGUUCACUGUUUUUUUGUCAUUAUGAAAUCUGAUCUUCAGAUAGGUAGUCAAUCUGCAUGACAGAAGUUAGAAGACUGUGUUGAAAAGGUUGUAUAGAGCAAUACAUAAUUUACUGAACGUAUUGCCAAUGUUCUGAACUGAUUCUCUGGUAUCCUUAUCACAGAAGACUACAUAUUUCAUAUAAUAGCUAGAAGUGUGGGUUAAUACCAAACUUGAAUUGUAAUAGAAAUGUAACAGAAUAUCCCAUUUGUGAAGUUGUUUCAUGUUUUUCUGGAGAUUGUAUUUACAUUAUUGUUGUUCUGAUUUGUUAUUAUUAUUUUCUGUUUAUUUAACUGAUUAAGAAACCCUGACAUCCAAACAUAUUGUAAGAAAUAGCGCAGAGAUAAUAUUUAUUUACAGUUUAUUUACAAAAGAGCCCGUUUUCAUCAGACCCAUUGUGUUCACAUGUUCCUAUUUUUUUUUUCCCCCCAAAUUUGAAAUGCUGAAUUCAAACCCAUCAGGAGGACUGAAGGUCAAUAGCUGACCUCUGUCACUUGCGGUCAAACAGUUGCAAACCAUUGUCAUCCCCAGCUGUAAGUAAGCACCUAAUACAUUUAACUCCACUUCCUAAAGAAAGACAUUCACAUCUUGUCUGUAAACCUUUCUUCCUUCACUUGUGUCUAUUUUGACAAAUGGGAUUAACAGCUGGAAUUGUAUUAUUUUAAAUUCCAUGUAGAGAUAAGAAACUGUGUUAAGCAGCACCCAGGACUUCACAAAGGACACCCUAUGAACUUGAUGGUAGUCAUUAAUUAGAGACCAUCCUAAAUCUUCUCCAUGUUGGAAUUCAAUUCAAUAUAGAAUUAAGUAACCUGAAGGCACAUUCUUAUCAUUGGAGUAUUGUGAAAGUAAUGCUUCAGGAAAAGCAUGGUUUGUUUUGCAUAUGGUAACAGCUUUAUGAUUAAUAUCUUUAUCCACAGUAUGUGAUUGUGUGAACAAAAGGAAGUUGUUUCACACAGUUACUCUUGGCAGAGAGCACCAUAAGUCAUAAUUAAUGUUUCAUGCCUCUUUCUCAAUCAAAAUCGCACCCAGCAGCCCUGUCAAUAUUUGGAAAUAGUGAGCGAUUCCCAUGGAUGAACCAGCCUCCAGCUGGUAUGCUUCCUGCCAAUGUUAACAGCUGUUCAGUUUUCAAGACAACAUUUGUACAAUUAGUUUUAUGCAAAUGUAUGGAAAGAAAAAUAAAGGACCUUUUAUUUCUUGAAAA